AUGGAGGCGGAGGCGCGGGCUCUGCGCGCGGCCGGGGGCUUCGGCCGGGCCCGGCGCCUGCUGGCCGCCGCCUCGUGGCUGCCGUGCGUGGCGCUGGGGCUGGCGCUGGGCUCGGGUCCGCUGCUCACCGCGCUGCCGCCGCACCACUGCCGGCCGGACCCCGCGCUGCUGCCCCCCGCGCUGCGCGCCCUCCGCGGGCCCGCGCUGCUGGACGCCAGCGUGCCCCGCCUGGGCCCGGCGCGCGCCCCGAGCCCCUGCCUGCUGCUGCGCUACCCCGAGCCCGCGGCCCGCGCCCGCCCCAACAGCACGCGGCCCUGCACGCGUGACUGGUGUUCCCCGUAGUGGAACCUCGUGUGUGAGGACGGCUGGAAGGUGCCCCUGGAGCAGAUGAGCCACUGCCUGGGCUGGCUGCUGGGCUGUGUCCUCCUUGGUGCAGGCUGUGACCGGUAUGGACGUCGGGCUGUGUUUGUGGCCUCCCUGGUGCUGGCCACAGGCCUGGGGGCCAGUGAGGCCCUGGCCGCCAGCUUUCCUGCCCUGGUGGCUCUGAGGCUGCUUCAUGGGGGGUCCUUGGCGGGCUUUGGCCUGGCCCUGUACGUGGCUCGUCUGGAGCUGUGUGACCCCCCUCACCGCCUGGCAUUCUCCGUGGUGGGUGGCCUCUUCUCGGUGCUGGGCACCCUGCUGCUGCCCGGCCUGGCCCUGCUCGUGCAGGACUGGCGCCUUCUGCAGGGGCUGAGCGCCCUGGUCACGGGGCUCUUGCUCCUGUUCUGGGGGUUCCCAUGGCUGUUCCCGGAGUCUCCCCGCUGGCUGCUGGCCACGGGACAGCCAGCCCGAGCCGGGAAGAUCCUGGGGCACUUUGCGGAAGCCGGGGGCGUGGACCCCGAGGACAGCUCGGAGGAGGAGAGCUCCCUGGCUAUGGGCACAGAACUGGAUAUGCUGGGUGCAGGGGGCCCCCAGCCCCAGUACCACUCCGUCCUGGAACUCCGGCACACCUGCGUCGCCUGGAGGAAUGGACUCAUCCUAGGCUUCAGUUCGCUGAUCUGUGGGGGCAUCCGAGCCAGCUUCCUGCGCAGCCUGACCCCGAGGGAGCCCACCUUCUACCAGCCCUACUUCCUGGGCACUGGCCUGGAAGCAGGAGCCAGCGUGUUCCUGCUGCUGACGGGGGACCGCUGGGGACGACGCCCAGUCCUCUUGCUGGGCACCCUGGCCAUGGGCUUGGCGUCCCUGCUGCUCCUAGCCGGGACCCAGUACCUACCAGAAUGGACCCUGCUGUCCCUCUCUGCCCUGGGCCUCCUGGCCUCCCAGGCCGUGUCGGCUGUCAGCGCGCUCCUCGCCGCAGAGGUCCUCCCCACGGUGAUCAGGGGGGCCGGGCUGGGCCUCGUGCUGGGGGCCGGCUUCCUGGGCCAGGCGGCCGCCCCCCUGGCCGACCUGCCGGGCCGGCGCGGCUUCUUCCUGCACCACGUGGUGUUCGCCUCCUUCGCGGUCCUGGCCCUGCUGCUUGUGCUGCUGCUGCCCGAGAGCCGCGGCCGCGCGCUGCCCGUGUCGCUGCGGGACGCCGACCGCCUGUGCCACGCCCCCCUCCGCCGCCCGGGCCCGGCCCGCCUGCCGCUGCUGCCGCCCAUCCCCUGCCCGGUGGGGCAGCCGCUGGCCCAGGAGAACUGA